AUGUCUCUCCAACCUCCCCCAUCAAAAGCGACUGCUCAUCAAGUCACCUCGGAAACAUCUUCUUUAAAGAUUAAAUCUUUGUCAGAUGCUCUCAUUAGGGAAUAUUUAAAUAAGAUGGGAUUCAAAGAGACACUGAAAAUGUUUGAUAAGGAGAAUCCAAGAGAUGAGCAUAGUAUUAGCAGUCGGAAAGUGUUAUCAUCUUCAUUGAAUUUACAUCCCACAACAGUGAUGAUUUCUAAUAGUAGUAGCAAUAGUGGUAGUAAUAAUAUUGAAAUAAGUAGAACUAGUUCUUCUUCUUUCAUUGAACAAUUAAUUAUGGAGAGAGUACAUUCAAGGAAUCAUCCCAUUUGUAAAAGUAAUAUACAUUCAACUCAUGAUGAUGAUGAUCAUGGUGCACCACAAGACAUGAUCUCAUCUCGUCGACCUUGUUCCAACAAACGUAAUGAUGCAUUCAAUUUUGGUAAUAAUGGCAGAGGUGUUGAUCAUAAGGAUGGAACUCUGAAUUCCACCACUUUCAACACUACUACCAAUUCACCACUACCCAAACAGCUGAAUGACAAACAAUUAUCCACUACAGCAACAUCAAAUACAGUCAAUCUUGACAUUCAGCUUGAAGAUGUGGAUGACACUAGCAUGAUGGAUUCAACAAGUGUUAAAACCAUGAGUAAUGGUGGUAAUGGUAGUAAUAGUAAUGGUGGUAAUAGUAUUGCUGUUAAAACCACAUCCAAGAUCAUUCAACCAUCAUCAUCAUCGACGACUUUGAAUGAUCCAUCCAAGAAGAAACAACAACAACUCUCUAAAUAUUCCUAUCAACACAUUUCUAAUGAGGAUUUAAAAAAGUUGAAAAAGUUACUCAUUGGUAGUUCUUCAAAAUCCUCCUCACUUCCAUCUUCAUGGAUUCAACAAGGAAUCUAUUUCUAUCAUCAUGAGUCCUCUGAUGAUGAUAUAUUCAAAUAUGGUAUUGUUCAGAAUGAAGGAGGUCCAUGUGGAGUAUUGGCAGUCAUUCAAUCAUUCAUUAUUAGAAAUUAUUAUUUCAAGAAGACUCAGAGUCAUUCAGAACAAUAUUCAAAGUUCACUAAUGACAUGUUCAUGAUGAAUCAAUUACAUCUAUUGGUUGACUCUCUCUAUGACUUGUUUGUCCAUUGUGUGGUUCGGUCAAGAAGUCUUUCUACUGCCACCACCACCACCACCACUGCUACUACCACCAGUAACACUACCACCACUCGAACCACUCGAACCACUGCCACUCGAACCACUCAAUCGAUCAACGCCUCUACCACAUCAUGCUUCAAAAUGGUUAAAUUUCAAGUUCAUGAUCCUCUCCAUGAUUCCUUUGAAAAGUAUUCCAUUUCUUAUUGUACUUUGAAUGGUCUUGAUCAAGUCUAUGAAUAUUUAGAGAAUCUUGUCAUUCCUAAUGUCAAUCCAUUCUCAUCAUUCUAUUUAAAUCCAAAUGGUACUGGUCUAAUUUCAUAUCUAUGUUCCAUUCUAUUCUCAAUAGGAUUAGAUGAAUGCAUUCAACAAAUGUCCAAUGCACUUAAUUCUAGUUUCAUUGUUGAAUUUGGAUAUUGUUCACAAGAAUUGGUGAAUUUACUCCUCAUCGGAUAUGCAACCAGUUAUGUUCAUGAUGAUGAUGAUUCGAGUGAUCAUUCAUUGAUUGAGAUGAACAAGGAAUUGAUCAAUUCUAAAACUUGUCCCAUUGGUUUUUUAACGAUAUUGGAAUAUUAUGAUCAUGUUCGAGUUGGAAAUUGUUUAAAACAUCCUACAUUCCCAAUAUGGGUGGUAGAUUUUGAGAGUCACUACAGUGUUCUAUUUGAAAAAGAACCUAAUGAAUUAUAUUAUUAUGAUCAAUUCAUGAAACAGGAAGGUGAUAUUCAUUUAAGUUUGAAAUUACAUCAAAACAACAGUGCCAUUGUCACCACCACUGAUUCAACAAACAAUGAUAUUCCUCUUGAAAAUGUCAUUCGUACAAGAUGGAAGAAUUGUUCAAUCGAUUGGAAUGGAACAGAGCCAUUAUUGUAA